CAGAUGAGAGCGGCGCCCCCCGGCGCUGCAUCCCGGAGUUCGUCAACGCCGCCUUCGGCAAGGAAGUGCAGGCCUCCAGCACCUGCGGGAAGCCUCCCUCGCGCCACUGCGACGCCUCCGACGCCCGCAAAGCCCACCCGGCGGCCUACCUCACCGACCUCAACACGGCCUCCAACAUGACCUGCUGGCGCUCCGAGAGCCUGCACCACUCCCCGCACAACGUCACGCUCACCCUCGCCCUGGCCAAGAAGUUCGAGGUGAUCUACGUCAGCCACCAGGGAGGGCAUGGCCCGGCCCAUCCCCUCGUGUCCCUUCCACCCGGCCGUGCGAUGCCCAGGACCCCACGGGCCCCGUGUCGGCAGGGGCUGGCGGGGCACCCCCGGGGGGGUUCCCCCCUCCCCGGCCCCCCGCUGGCCCGGCAUGGGGUGGCUGCUGGCCACGGCCUGUCGCUUACCCGUCUCUUUGUCUCUCCUUUGCCAGCGUGUGACUGCCACCCCGUCGGCGCCGCCGGGAAAACCUGCAACCAGACCACCGGGCAGUGCCCGUGCAAGGACGGGGUGACGGGACUCACCUGCAAUCGCUGUGCCAAGGGCUACCAGCAGAGCCGGUCCCCGGUGGCGCCCUGCAUCAGUGAGGUCUGUGGGAAGCCCCGGGGGCUGACCCAGCUCUGUCCCUUCCCUGCAGAUUGCGACUCCUACUGCAAGCCAGCCAAGGGCAACUACAAGGUCAGCAUGAAGAAGUACUGCAAGAAGGAUUAUGUUGUCCAAGUGAACGUCUUAGACAUGGAGACGGUGGCCAACUGGGCCAAGUUCACCGUCAACGUCCUUUCAGUCUACAAGUGCCGCGACGAGCGCGUCAAGCGUGGGGACAACUUCCUGUGGAUCCACAUGAAGGACCUG